CCGGGCCCCCCCGCCGUGCCGAUCAUCGGCAACCUUUUCUGGCUCCGACGGUCCUUUCAAGACGUGGAGACCAUCCUCCGGGAAUUCCACGGUCAGUAUGGUCCCAUCGUCACCCUCCACAUUGGCUCCCACCCCCUCAUCUUCAUCUCCGACCGCACCCUCGCCCACCGGGCCCUCGUCGAGCAUGGAGCCACCUUCUCUGACCGCGUGCCCCCACUCCCCGCCACCCGUUUCCUCAGCCGCGACCACAUCAUCUCCGCUGCCGCCUACGGCCCCCUCUGGCGCCUGCUCCGCCGCAACCUCAUCUCCGAGAUCCUCCACUCCUCCCGCGUCAAGCUCUAUGCCCACGGCCGCGCCUGGGUCCUUCAAGUCCUCACCAACCACCUCCAAACCCAAGCCGCUUCGAACGACGCCGGCGCGGUCACUGCCAUGGAGAGCUUUCAAUUCGCCAUGUUCUGCUUAUUGGUUCUCAUGUGCUUCGGCGAGAAGUUAGACGAGAAGGCCAUCAAGGACAUCGAGAUCGCACAAAAGAGCCUCCUCCUUUACAGCGGCAAACUGAACGUCCUCGCCUUCGCUCCAAGAAUCUCGAGGUACAUCUUCCGAGAUAGGUUAAAGACGGCUCUCCAAAUGCGUCAGAGACAGGCAGAGCUAUUCGUCCCAUUGAUCAGAGCUCGAAAAGAAUUCAAGAAACAGCAACAACGGCAGAAGGGCGAAGAAGAAAGGUUCGUCUUUUCCUAUGUCGAUUCUCUUCUGGACAUCGAACUCUCAGAAGAAGGGGGAAGGAAGUUAACAGAGCCGGAGAUGGUGGCCUUGUGCUCGGAGUUUCUGAACGCGGGCACCGACACCACCUCGACGGCAUUGCAAUGGAUCAUGGCGAACCUGGUGAAGCACCAAGAGAUACAAGCGAAGUUAAUGGAAGAAAUUGAGGGGUUGGUGGGGAGCGACGGAGAGGAGAUCAAGGAAGAAGAUUUGCAGAAGAUGCCGUAUUUGAAAGCAGUGAUCAUGGAAGGGCUGCGGCGGGACCCGCCGGGCCACUUCGUGCUGCCGCACACCGUGACGGAGGACGUGAUCUUGGAUGGGUAUUUGAUGCCGAAAGGGGCUUCGAUUAAUUUUAUGGUGGCGGAGAUUGGUAGGGAUGGGAAGGUGUGGGAGGAGCCGAUGGAGUUCAAGCCGGAGAGGUUCUUGGCCGGGGGGACGGGGGAGGGGGUGGAUAUAACGGGGAGUAGGGAGAUCAAGAUGAUGCCGUUUGGGGUGGGGAGGAGGAUGUGCCCGGGGCUUGUGCUCGCCAUGCUGCAUCUCGAGUACUUUGUGGCCAAUUUGGUGAGGGAAUUCGAGUGGAAACCCGUGGAUGGGGAGGAGGUGGACUUGUCUGAGAAGCCGGAAUUCACCGUUGUCAUGAAGAAUCCUCUCCGGGCUUGCAUACUUCCACGGAGGAAGAUAUAGCAGUCAAAUUAGUUAGCUGUAGCGCAGCAAUUAUGUUUGAAUUUUUUUCUUCUUAGACUUUUCCUUUUUCUUUUUCUUUUUUUCUUUUUUUUUUUAUAAUGGCUGCACACCGUUGCCUAUACGAGACAGUGGUGCUCUUGUAGUACUCCAUGAGUUUGUUCCUAUAUUCCAUGGAUGUUGGGUUAUACGGAGGAAAAGUUUUUCGCUUUGAGUGCA